AGGAGGGAGGUGGCGGAGCUGUGGCAGAGGAGCAGGAGCAGGAGGGGGAUGGAGAGAAGGCUCCUGGGUGGCAUGGCACUCCUGCUCCUCCAGGCACUGCCCAGCCCCCUGUCAGUCAGGGCUGAACCCCCGCAGGAUAAGGAAGCCUGUGUGGGUACCAACAAUCAAAGCUACAUCUGUGACACAGGACACUGCUGUGGACAGUCUCAGUGCUCCAACUACUACGAUGAACUCUGGUGAUUCUGGCUGGUGUGGACCAUCAUCAUCAUCCUGAGCUGCUGCUGUGUCUGCCACCACCGCCGAGCCAAGCACCGCCUUCAGGCCCAGCAGCGGCAACAUGAAAUCAACCUGAUUGCCUACCGGGAAGCCCACAAUUACUCAACGCUGCCGUUUUAUUUCAGGUUGUUGCCAAACUAUUUACUACCUCCUUAUGAGGAAGUGGUGAACCGACCUCCAACUCCUCCCCCGCCAUACAGUGCCUUCCAGCUACAGCAGCAGCAGCAGCUGCCUCCUCAGUGUGGUCCUGCAGGUGGCAGCCCUCCGGGUGCUGAUCCUACCAGGGGCUCCCAGGGGGCACAGAGCAGCCCCUUGUCUGUGCCCAGCAGAAGCAGCACAAGACCCCCAAGCAUUGCUGAUCCUGAGCCCUCUGACGUGCCAGCUGACCGAGCAGCCACCAAAGCCCCCGGAAUGGAGCCCAGUGGCUCAGUGGCUGGCCUGGGGGAGCUAGACCUAGCGGCCUUCCUGGACAAGGAUUCAGAAUGUAAGGAGGAGCUACUGAAAAAUUCCAGCUCUGAACAUGGCAGUGUGCUCCCCGAUAGCAAAGACAAGACACCUGACAGACAUCACCGCUUCACAGGUGACUCAGGCAUUGAGGUGUGUGUGUGCAACCGGGGCCAUCAUGACGAUGACUUCAAAGAGUUCACCACACUCAUUGAUGAUGCUCUGGAUGGGCCCCUGGACUUCUGUGACAGCUACCUCGUGAGGCCUCCUGGUGAUGAGGAGGAAGGGCUCUGCCAGCCCUCUGAGGAGCAGGCUCGAGAGCCUGGACAUUCCCACCUGCCUCGGCCGCCUGCGUGCCAAACUCCCAGAGCAGCAGCUCCCCCAGCUAGAGUAGGCUUUGCCUAUGCCCGGAAACUUGGCAAAGCAACCACGGUAAGGGAGGCUCACGAGAGAAGCAUUAAGUGACUUUCAGAGGAAGUGGUACAGCCACUUUUUUUCCCCUUCUCCUCUCCUGCUUUUCCCCUACAUCUCCAAGUACAGUUUGGGGUGUGGGUGCCUCUCCCUCACAAAAGCACAGGAUUGUGGAGUGCUGAGAGCCAUAGCCAAGUAAGAAUGACGCAUGGCAUUUUGGGUUGAAAGGUGACCCUGCUCAGGGAUUAGGGUGGCUCUGGGUUUAGGGUGGAUCCUGUUGGGAAUAGGGCCGUAUCCUGCUGCCUCAGGCACCCGCUCCUUGAGUUCCCGCAGGGUUCUGAGAGUAUUGGUAUGCAGAGCCCGGUGGAGGGAGUGUAUUUUCCGAGAACGUGCGUGUAGAGUGCCGGUGAGAGUUCGGGAAUAAAGAGUUGCUGUUUGAAUCUACAAGGUGGUGUGGUGGCUCGGUUAUUUUGUGCCCAGACAGACUGAGGCAUUGAAUAAAGAGUUGCUGUUUGAAUCUACAAGGCUUUUGUGGUGGCUCGGUUAUUUUGUGCCCAGACAGACUGCGGCAGUGGAGGGCUGAGAAGUUGGUUCCAAGACUCAUUCCUCAUCCCCUUCUUCCCUGCUUUCAAGUCAUAUCUCACCUACCUGCUUUGGUCAAAGAGAUGUGUUUUAAAGCCCCCAAAGAAGGGGACUGGGACUGUGUCCUGCGAUGAUUCUUGGUGAUGUAGUGGAUUUAUGCUCUGGUUUUAGUUUAAGAGAAUUUUGUUGUGUCUCAGUUCAGCAGAAGCAACCCUUCUUAGCCCUGGUUGAAGAAGGAAGCCACAGAGGCCUAGGGAUUGUCAGCUGUGGCUGCCAGUGUCUGCACCGCCAGAGUUGAGCUGAUUCUGUGGGAGGAUGAGAGCUAGUGGACAGGUUGGUAGGAGGCUUGUUGAUCUCUCAAAUUCAAGGUGACAAGAAAAUGUACCACUGUGCAUCCUGGAGGGGCCCCUUCCUUCCCAGCAGGCUCAGGUGAGGAAGAGUAGACUGCUUUUUCUUUGUUUAAAACAAAACAAAACAAACAACAAAAGCCAGCUAGAAACAAGAACCUUACCAGUGGGCUUGCAAGAAUUCUCUUCUGGACAAGGGAAGUUUGUGCUUUCCCAGGUUAGCCUUCCACGAAUGUGGCUGCAGUUGAGCCAGAGGGAGAUGUUUGUGUGUGGGCUUGGAGUGGGUUAGCUCUGAGCAGUAGGCCCUAAAUCUGGGAGUGGAGAGAAGUGCAGCUUCCUGCAUCUCUGCCCUUUGGUCUGUGCCCACAGGUGACCAGUGUCCUUGUCUAUCCCUAGCACAUGGUCUGCAGGACUUUGUAUCUCCUUGUACUCUUAUGAACAGAGGGUCUGAGGAAGCUGUGGGUCCUGGGAAAAGCAGCCCCGUAGUCUGGUUCUCACACAGUAUUUUCUCUUUGAUUUUGAAUAAGUCUCUUGUUGUUGUGUGUUUGUUUUAAACAAACUGACCACUUGGAAGAAAUCCCUUGGUUAUCUGUGGUUCUCAUGCUCUCUCCCUGUCCCUAGCCCACGGGGGUCGGAUGACUCACUUUUCUGUAACCUAUGUAAGGAGUUUUGGUGGCCUAGGUGGGAGGUGGAGGCAGCCUCCAGAAGGACCACAGGAUCCUUAUUACUGUCAUCUGGUUUUGGACAACCAGUUGAGCUUUGAUAGGAAAACUCUGAAAGGAGAAAGCAAUCAGCUGAAACUAACAUUCCCCAUCCAUCCCUGUUCAUAUGAAAAGUUUGGUUCUUCUCCCACUUUUGAAUGAUGAUAUUCAGGCUAAGCAUUGAUGUUAUAGUAAAAAAGGAGAAAAAAAAUAUAUAUAUAUAUAUAUAUAUACACACA